CACGUCCCGCCACCGCUCGCUCAUCGUCCGUCCAGCCAUGUUGUUGAGGAGGAAGCUGUGCGUUGCCCUGGUGAUCGCUGCCAUCCUCUUCCUCAUGCUCGCCAGUCAGAGCAUCCAAAGGAGACAUUUCCUGUCUCUGUCAUUAGUCCUCCCCAUCAGCCGGGCCACGCCCACCGACAGGGAGACAGUUGUUGAACCCACGGGACCUCUUUCUCUUCCGACCCCUGACCCUCCCAAGACCCCCCCUCCUUCCAGCACCACCCAACCUGAAUCCGAGGAGGAGCCUUUGGAGUACUCACAGUAUGACCAGAGGUCAUGUGGUUGUAAAAAGACCUGUAUUUCAGACCUGGGGGGGUCAGACUGGUUCAGCCAACGUUACGACGGCAAACAGCAGCCGGUCCUCAGAGAUACCAACAACAACUUCGACCCCGAAGCGCUCAGAUGGUGGCUGAGUCUUCAGCGGUCCGGUAAUGACCAGACUUUAGAGGAAGUGAUGGCAAAAAUGUUCCAGGUCAUCUCCCCGCCCACUGUUGACUUCAGGCCCCUCCCCUACCGCUGCCGUAGUUGUGCCGUGGUCGGCAACUCUGGCAACCUGCGACGGUCGGGAAACGGCAACCUGAUCAACUCCCACGACUUCGUAAUCCGGAUGAACAAGGCGAUGACUCGAGGAUUUGAGAAAGACGUUGGGAAUCGGACGACGCAUCACUUCCUGUACCCAGAGAGCGCGGUGGACGUUGGACGUGGUGUCAGCCUCGUCCUCCUGCCUUUCAAACUGAGAGACUUGGAGUGGCUGACCAGUGCGCUGUCCACUGGCAACGUCAAAAUGACCUACAUGAGGGUUAAAGACCGAGUGGAGGCUGAUAAAGACAAGGUCCUGGUGGUGAACCCGGUGUUCUUUAAGUAUGUUAAUGAUCGUUGGACCGAGCGUCACGGUCGCUACCCGUCCACUGGCAUGCUGGCCAUCAUCUUCGCUCUUCACGCCUGUGACCAGGUGUCUGUGUUCGGUUAUGGGGCCGACAAGCAGGGGAACUGGCACCACUACUGGGAGGAGAAUCGCUAUGCCGGAGCCUUCAGGAAGACCGGUGUCCACAGUGCCGACUUCGAAACGCAGGUCAUCCACCAACUCGCCAAGGAGGGCAAGAUCAGUCUGCACCUGUGACACGACCACUGACCCACAGACUGAUGGACAGACCCACAGACAUGCUGACUGACCCACAGACUGAUCUCUUACUGACCAGCAGAUCAUUCACCACUUAAUUGAGACCAAGUACCAGCAACAUGUCGUCUGAUA